AUGGCAGGCGCUUCUCCAGACCCCUCCAAUGGCGUCUCCCCCGAGUCUGCGGCGAGCCCGCAAAAGAAGCAGUCGUCGUCGUCACGGCACCUCGGAGCCCUCAAGCCGCCCACCAAGCAAGGCUCGUCCUUGAAGCGCAGCAUCAAGCUGAAGCGCGGGCCGCCGGGGGGCUUUGACACGACGCCGCUGCCCGACGCGCCCCAGGGAUACACGGUGCGCUUCUGCUUCCGCUGCGCCGCCAACCUGCCGCCCGCAGACUUCAACACGGCCUCGUCGGAUCCCUACCUGACGGCCACGCUCAAGGCCUCCAACCCCAAGCGGCACAAGGAGGACCCAGACCUGACGCACCGCACAAAGACGCUGAGGCGCACCCUCGAGCCGGAAUGGAACGACGAGUGGGUCGUGGCCAACGUGCCGCCCUCGGGCUUCAUCCUCAAGUGCCGCCUUUACGACGAGGACUCGCGCGAUGGAGACGACCGUCUCGGAAACGUCACCGUCAGGGUGCCCCAGAUCUUCGACAAGUGGGAUGGCUUCCCGCCGCCCGGCAAGGAGUUUGGCGCCAAGAAGCGCAUGAUCAGCAAGAAGGCGUACCUGCUCAAGGGCCUCGCCAGCUUGCUUCAAUCGGACGCGCAUAUGACGCCCAGACUCACCAUCAGCGUCGAGCUUCUCGGGCCCUCGGACCCGCCGCACGCGCAAAUGUACACGCUGGGCCCGACGACGUGGGUCAAACACUUUAGUCCCAUGAUUGGGCGCAUCGUCGGCACAAAGGUCAACGCCGACGAAAACGACGACGAGUCUGGGGGCUCGAACCGGAAUGAGAAGCCCAAGAGCAAGAAAUACGACUUCCAGGCCUGCGAGAUGCAGCUGCAAGGGCCCGUGCCGCCGAAGCUCUAUCACCGAUACGUCGAGUUCAGGCCCGUCAUAGCCUCCAUGUUCUCCUCCACCGGACUCCGGGGCAAGAUCCUCAACACGGCGCUGCACAAGCAGCACGAGCGCGUAUACCAUUUUGACGAGACGACCGAGCGAGGCACUUUUGAGCCGUGCUCAGAGCAGGCGACGCUGCAAUUUCUCCGGCUCGCGCAUUUCGACGAGGGCGGCAGGCUCUUCACCUACGUCCUGACCCUCGACGGCUUGCUGCGGUUCACCGAGACGGGCAAGGAAUUCGGCAUCGACCUGCUGAGCAAGCACACGAUGCACUCAAACGUUGAAACCUACAUUGCCUGCUCCGGCGAGUUCUUCGUGCGCCGGCUCCAGCACCCGGACGCGUCCGAGGACCCGGAGCCCCGUGAAAAGGUCCAUCCGACCGACGAUAUCCCCGGGGGGCCACCAAAGGAAGCGCCGCCUCGCAACCCGGCCUACUACCAGCUCACCAUCGACAACGACUCGGGGACGUAUCGCCCGGAUAAGUCGAUCCUGCCGGAUCUCAAGACCUUUCUGGAAAAGAACCUGCCGGGCCUGGGGAUCGUGACGAUGCACUGCGAAGACGAGGAGCUGCAGAAGCUCAAGGAGACGCAGCGCAACGUCAAGAAGAAGGAGGGCCGUAUCGUCAACGUGGUCAUGAAUCAUAGCCAGAGCAGCAUUAGCUCGGCCGAGAGCGAGCUCGACAGGCGGGACGGAGCCUGGGAAGAGGGCAAGCAGAGCAAGAGGGAGGCGGCCUUGGCGGCGGUGGAAGAUCCGUCCAAGAUUAAGAAUGCCGUAGGCAAUAUGGUGCCGCACGGGAAGAAGGGCGAGAGCAGCGGGGCUUGA